AUGAAGGAGAAAACUAUGGCGUCUUCGGAGACGACACCUCUGCUGUCAGUUUAUGUAGCACCGCAACGGUAUCGCUACCCUCAUCAUGCGAUUCGUCGGACUUGUACAUUCCUGCUCCUCGCGCUAUUAGUGAUCGCUGGGACUCUGUUCUUGAUUCCAUCUGCGAUCCUGCCACGAGACCACGGCUCGAUUUGGUCCUAUAUGCCAUGGUCUCAUCCACUCCCAUAUGAAUCGUGGCCACAUGGUAACGGACUUUCUUUCGAUCAACUGCAGGAAGUCCUACUUGAGACUCCGUCGGCAGCCAAGGCCCGGGAGUGGAGUUCCUACUAUACCGCUGGGCCCCACCUGGCUGGUAAGAAUCUCAGCCAAGCUCUCUGGACCAUGGAAAAAUGGAAGGAGUUUGGCGUGGAGGAUACCAGCCUUGCUACAUAUGAAAUAUAUCUGAAUUACCCCAUGGAUCAUCGGCUGGCUCUGCUGAAGAAGUCAGAUAAUCAGACCGAGGUGACCUUUGAGGCCACUUUGGAGGAAGAUGUGCUAGAGGAAGAUCCUACCUCCAGCCUCCCUGAUCGAGUUCCCGUGUUUCACGGAUACUCGGCCAGUGGUAAUGUCACCGCCCAAUUUGUGUAUGCCAACUUCGGCACAUACAAGGACUUUGAAGACCUCGUGAACGCCAAUAUCACCCUGGAAGGCAAGAUUGCGCUUGUCAAGUAUGGUGGCAUCUUCCGUGGUCUCAAGGUCAAACGCGCACAGGAGCUCGGAAUGGUCGGUGUAGUCAUCUACAGCGACCCACAGGAAGACGGUGAAAUCACUGAAGCGAACGGUUAUGAAGCGUACCCUAACGGACCGGCCCGGAAUCCCAGUGCUAUCCAGAGGGGCAGCACGCAGUUUUUGAGUAUUCUCCCCGGAGACCCAACCACCCCGGGUUACGCGUCCAAACCAGGCGUGGAGAGACAAGACCCACACAACUCUAUCCCCUCAAUUCCAUCCCUGCCCAUCUCCUACAAGGAGGCCUUGCCCUUUUUGAAAGCUUUGAAUGGCCAUGGUCCCAAGGCUGCGGAUUUCAACAAAUAUUGGCAAGGCGGUGGUCUGUCACACAAGGGCGUUGAAUACAAUAUCGGACCUUCUCCCGAGGAUGUCGUCAUCAACCUGAACAACGAGCAGGAAUACGUGACGACUCCAUUGUGGAAUGUUAUUGGCGUGAUCAAGGGAAGCAUUCCCGAUGAAGUCAUCAUUUUGGGUAAUCACCGUGAUGCAUGGAUUGCUGGAGGUGCAGGUGACCCCAACAGCGGGUCCGCAGCAUUGAACGAGGUAAUUCGCAGCUUCGGCGAAGCUCUCAAGGCUGGAUGGAAACCACUGCGAACAAUUGUGUUCGCAAGCUGGGACGGCGAAGAGUAUGGCCUGCUCGGGUCCACCGAGUGGGUUGAAGACAAUCUCCCCUGGCUUUCUAAGGCUAAUGUUGCCUACCUGAAUGUGGAUGUUGCUGCUGCAGGCACCGAGUUUGGCCCUGGAGCGGCUCCUCUGUUGAAUCAAGUGAUUUAUGAAGUGACUGGCCUGGUGCAGUCCCCUAACCAAACCGUGCCCGGCCAAACUGUCCGCGAUGUCUGGAACGGGAAGAUUGCCACGAUGGGCAGUGGCAGUGAUUUCACCGCAUUCCAAGACUUUGCAGGUAUUGCUAGUCUGAACUUUGGGUUCGGCCCCGCGGCGAAUGACCCUGUUUACCACUACCACUCCAAUUACGAUAGCUUUGCAUGGAUGGAGAAGUAUGGUGACGCGGAUUGGAAGUACCACGUCGCGUGCACCAAGUUGUGGGCCCUGGCAGCAGCACGGCUUAUUGACUCUCCUGUGAUUGCAUUCAGUGCGAAUGACUAUGCCAAGGGCCUACACUCGUAUCUUCGCAGUAUUGAGCCGGUCGCAGCGAAACUGGUUCACGGGUCGCGUUUCAAGUUCGCUCCUUUAGACGUUGCGAUUGCGGAGUUCCAAUUGGCUGCGGAGAAGUUUGAUGCUUACGCUGCUGCCCUGACCGAAAAACUUGGGGAACAUGUCCCGUGGUAUCAUUGGUGGAAGAAAGUUAGGCUUUACUUCCAAAUUCGCAUAGUCAAUGACAAGUACAAAGGCUUGGAGCGUGCUUUCCUCUACCAGCCUGGUCUUGAUGGCCGUGAUUGGUUCAAGCAUGUUGUCUUUGCCCCUGGUAUGUGGACAGGCUAUUCAGGUGCCACUUAUCCUGGUAUUGUGGAAAGCCUCGAGGCUCAGGACGUGGCGAAUGCUGAGAAAUGGAGUAAAAUUAUUCAAGGUCGGAUUCAUGCGGCAACGAAGCUGCUGAUUUGA